AUGUGCUGGGAAAAGCAAAUAAUCUACACAGACUGCCACCACAGCGUCUUCGAAGACAUAGACUGCGCAGACUACAAGACCUCUGCCCGCAACAAUCAUCAUCAUCAGCUCAACACCAGCAGCGCCAACAACGCCAAAAGAGCACGACGAACCCGCAACACCCGCUCCCCGUGGAUAUUCCUCCUCUGUCCCUGCUUCACCUGCCCCUCCAGCCCCUCCACGCCGCCACCGCCACAAACCUGCGAAGAGUCCGGCGUCUGCCGCGGAAGGAAACGCUGCAUGAGUCCCGUCGGGGGGAACUGUCCCCGCUGCGUCCAGGACAGGGCCGUUAAGGCGAUGCAGGCCGUUCCUCCGUCGACGCAGACGCUGGCGAGGACGCGGAAUCUGCACGGGCAGCAGCAGCAGCAGCAGCAGCAGCAGCAGCAGCAGCAGCAGAGGCGUCCGGAUUUGAGGGAGAAUACUGGUAGGAAUGAUGCUUACGGUGUUCCAGGUGCUUCAGGAGAUCGAGGGGGGCAGAAGGCCCCGCGGCGGGGGGAUGAUGUGCGUCGAUAUCAAGACUACGGGGCUCCGGGCCAGCCGAUGGGUGGUCACGAUGGGAACGGCACGAGAGAUGGAGGGAACACUGACGGCAGAAGUGGCGGAGGAGGUAUUGCUGGUGCAGCUGAACAUAGUUCAAGGGGUGGUAGAUCUCCGACGUCACCGUGGUUCAAUAAGCGAUUUCACGACGCUCGAGAGGAGGAAGCCAGCCAGCAGCAGCAUCAUCGAGGAGAGCAGCAAGGUGCCCAUCAGACAUAUUGUCACCAGCGGUUAUCGGUAAGUCACGGUGGACAACGGCAUCAUCAGCAGCAACAUCAAGAGCAAAAGGGGCCAAGUGGUCCUGCACCACCCCUUCCCACGCAGCCCGAGCAGAUACCCUCGUACGUCCGUGGAUCUACUUUUCACCUCCUUCCCGCGCCCCUGAAAACCAAAAAGAGGAAGACCAAGCAAGAAACGUCCCCCCGUGCGGUAGAGGGGACGGCCGAUAUGUCCGAAUGGCUAACCUGUAGUUCGGCGAGCGCAAGCCGUCCUCUGCAAGUGAACGCCACCCACCAGACAGGAGAACAACGGAGCAGCCGGGAUCAGCAGCAGGAGAACCACCGCGCAGUAGUCAGCAGCUCGGAGCCACGCAUCACAGGAGCGGGAUGUACCCCCGAGUUGCCACUGGAGGAGCUGAUGGAUGAGGUCGAGAUGCUGUGGCGGAGGGUCCCCAAUUAG